AUGGCCAGCUGGAGGGAUCGGACGCACUGUGCCUCUGCACUCUUGUUUGCAGGCGUGUUUGGCCAGCGCGGCGCCAUGGCUGCAGCGGCAUCUUCAUCCGCUGCCGCCGACCUCCCGCAGCCACAGGUACUCCAUUCACUCUCUCAUUUGGUUGAUUGGUUUGUCGGUUCCAUCCAUCCAUUCAUCAGAUGCUGCCGUCGUCCCACGAGCGCUACAAGAACGGCACGCGUGUGUGGAUGGUGACGGCCAAGCGGGAGAAGGGCACGCAGGAGUGGGUGACGGCCGACGUCUAUCGCACUGAGGAGACCAACGGGGCCACGAGGGUGUCCAUGAGGGAGGUAGAGGGGACAGAGGAGUUCACUGUGGUGGUGCCGCACCAGGCCAAGGCGUCGCCGCACGGCCAACAGGUACUUCACUCAGUAGGCAGAGCUGCCUCCACCUCCACUGCUUAAUGAUCCUGUCUGUGUUGUGUCUGAUGUGAUGUGUGUGCAGGUGCAUAAGGGCUUCAGGUUCGUCAAGACGGUACCUGUGGAGCAGCUUGUAGAUGAGGAUACUGACAGCGGCACGGUAUUCAGGCAGCCACAGACACACGAUUGAAUCAAGCAGCCCACACCGCCUCCCUCCUCUCCGUUGGUUGCCUUGUUGUUCUGUCCGGCCAUCAGCCUCGUCUGUUUAAGCUGCCCCAGGAGGUCGAGAAGGGCGUCCUCUUCCCCCUCCUCGGCGGCGACCUGGCCAUCAGCCUGGCCCGCGUCCGCACCACAUGCCGCCUUGGCGGAGAGCGGGUCUCUGCGGACCUCCUCAGAUCGCUGAUCGACACACAGCUGACCGGCAAGGGCCUCAAGGACAUCAUCAGCUAUGACCUGCCGUCUGUCGGUCAGCUGCAGCGGCUCCUGCACAUCAUCCAGCAGAGCGGCGAGUGGGCGGCAACGGUGCCCAUCAUCAGAGUGGCCAAGCACCAGGGGCGGGGAGGGGGGCGGUUGCCGAUAGAGCUGGACAGUGCUGAUGUGUACGGGGUGGGCAGCCGGGCGGUGUUCGACGGGCGGUGUGAGGCGCUGCGGCAGCUCUCUCUCAUCGGCCAUUACGUCGGUGUGACGCUGCGGCGCGUCAAUGGCGAGGAGCGGCUGGGUGGGGAGGGGCUGACCAUCCACACGCCAGAUACGCUGCCGGCCGACCAUCCCUACCGCGAUGGAUACGACUCGGCCAACCCCGUGUGUCAGAUUGGAAGUGAGGGCGGGAGGGAGGAAGGGAGAGAGCUAUGAGUGAUGGGUGUGUGUCUGUUUGCAGUCUGUGAGUAUGCUUCAGUUCGCGACGCUGUGUUGCUUGAGUGAGAAAGAUGAGCAAAAUGAUACACAUAAACACAUUGGCUGCACCACUCUGCCAUGAUGUGUCUGAUCAGGAUGUGCUGGGGAGGGUCGGUGGUCGCGGACCAGUUGGUGUUGCAGGAUGAAGAUGCCCCAAGCUACGAGCGACUCGUCAGUCAAACACACACACACACACACACAAUUGCCUCACCAGCUGUCCCACUCACUACUCAUUGUCAUAUCUCCCUUUCCCUUCAGACAUCGCUCGCCACUCAGCAGCCUCCAGUAUGGAAGUGCCACACCAUCGGCACCAGCCACUUGGGGCUUGGCACAGAACUAGAACGCUUCUACCGAGUGAUAGUGCUGCACGGCGACCAGCCCCACCACACAUUAUUCGAGGCAACCAUCUACAUCCGCAGCAACCCCACCUUUGCCCACGCCUUCCUCUACACGACGGAGCGACCGGUGGAUGGCAAGGAGGGAGCCGCCACAUUCCCCCAGACAGUGAGGGUGGCGCGGCAGCUGAUGGGGGACGAUGCCGUGGUGGCGUUCGGCAAUCAGCUGGACGUAGCUGUAGACAAACACUAACUAAUCUCUCAACUCUCGCGUGUACAGAGAGUCUGCCUGUCUGUGUGUCUGUCUGUCUGGCUGGCCACGGCAGCAGAUGGGAGGCCGACAGGCAGGCAGGCAGGCAGGUGUGUGUGUGUAGUCGAGAGACUGACUGACAGCUUUGUUCGUGGCGGGGUGGGGUGCAUGGGACGGAGUGGACGGACUUUCUUAGCAACGGGAUGCAAUGGGGAUCCUCACUGUCUCCCCCACAGACACAUGGUCACCGACGCCCAACACACACACACACCAAUCUCAUCUCUGUUGACAUAUUGCCAGACGUCGAAUUUAUAGGCAGCGCCUCUUAAGUACACAAACAUCGGUCUAUCCAUCUCACACACGUACACACAUAAGUACCGACACGGCCAGGGCCAAUGAAUGCGACACAAGGGAACACACAUCCAUGACGCCCACAGCUGCACCCAUGUGUGUGUGUGUGUGUCUGUUGUCCACAGCAGCCCUUGAUGCCCCGCGACUCUGACAGACACACGCACAGACAGACAGACAGACAGACACACAGACAUCCACAGAUGCGUGCUCUUGUUGUGUAGACUGAAAUUUCGUUUUACAGCAACACCGCUGCCUACAUUUUAUUAUAUCUUUCUUGUGGGGGGUGUGUUUGCAUUGAUGUGAUGUUUGUGUCGCGGAUGGACCUUAUGCAGGUGUGGACGAGCCACGGCUUUCCCGUGCGUGUGAUAGAUUGAAUCCAUGUGCACACAUUUCUUACGUCUCGCUGCGCUGACACAACAUUCAGUCCGUA